AUGUUUACAGAACGUAGUUUUCGAGUGGCGAGUUUUAACCUAUGUAAGACUAGUUUGAUAAAGAAGUCCAGCAUACAUUCCAAAGUAGCAGUACUAAUUGAUACAAAUUGUGAAAAUUGGGAGCAAAGCUUUGAUAUGUUCGACGAGCCAUUCACGAACUCUUAUUGGAUUUUUAAGAGUACAAAUCUAUCUCUAACCACUGAUAUAUUAUCACAUUAUCCGAUAGAGUUUAAUUCCGAUCUAAAUAUAUUAUCCAGUGAAGAUAAUGAGUAUAAAAUCUAUGAGUUCUACAAUACAGGAUUCUAUAAAAAUGGUAGCUUUAUACGAAACGAAAUAGGAUAUGUGAAUAGUUUGGGACAGUUGUUUAUGUCGGCGAGGCGUAGUAAGCUGUUAACUGAUGUUAAUUUGAAAUUACUUGUCGUUUAUCCUGAUGCUAUUAAUGGCACGACGUUUCAAAGCUUUUUGAACGUUGAAAAGAAAUCUCAAAUUGAUUCUUUACACAAAUUAAAGUUUUACAUGCUGAAGUUAUAUCUACGCGAUAUGUACAAAUUCAAGUAUAAAUUGCAGCGCACAUCAUCUUGGGGGUACUUGCGUAACUGCAGUUUCGACGGUCUGGUUGGGGCGUUACAGAGAAAAGAAUCGGACGUAGGCGGGACGUCCGUGUUCUUUAGACCGGAUAGACUUGAAGUUAUCGACUACGUCGCAGAGACUUGGGGAAGCAGAAUAUGUUUUAUUUUUCGCCACCCUAAGCACCCAGGUGGUACCUACGGAAUCUACAGUAGACCGCUCGUCAACACUGUAUGGUAUUGUACAAUCGCCCUACUGGUUAUAAUAGGACUCGUUCUUGGUUUCCUACUUAAGCUUGGAAUCUUAAAGAGCCCAGGCGACGAAGAAGACACCACCCCAUCUCGUACGGUCUUAUUCCUGUUCAGCGCUUUAGGACAACAAGGAAUGUCCAUAAACAGACGAUCUGUCAUCGUGAAAAUCAUAAUUUUCAGCACUUAUAUAUUCACAUUGACUGUAUAUCAAUAUUAUAACGCGAUGCUAGUAUCGACACUGCUUCGAGAGUCACCUAAAACAAUUCGUACAUUAAACGAUCUACUGCAAAGCAAUAUAAAGAUCGGUGUAGAAGAUGUCAUUUAUAACAAAGAUUAUUUUAAGCGUACUACCGACCCAAUCGCAAAAGCCCUGUAUAAUCGCAGAGUGGUCACAGCGACAGAGAACAAUUUUUAUCCCCCCCUAGAAGGCAUGAGACUAGUGAAAAGGGGAGGCUUUGCGUUUCACGUAGACACUAUUAUCGCAUAUCCCAUGAUGAGAGAUUUUUUUACUGAAGCUGAAAUAUGCGAGGUACAAGAGGUGUACAUGAUACCGCCACAAAAGAUGGGAGCUAUUUUACAAAAGGGGUCGCCGUAUAGAGAACAUGUAUCUUAUGGAAUCCGCAAAAUGUUCGAAACAGGCAUUAUGAGCCGAUUAAAAUCAAUGUGGGACGAACCGAAACCGCCAUGCAUCCGAACGCCAAACACGAAAGCUUUCUCUGUGAAUAUUCGAGAAUUUUCGACAGCCAUUAUUAUUUUAUUGGUGGGAAUGGUAUUCUCUGUGACGAUAUUACUAGUUGAAGUCGUCACUUUCAGGUUGCAACCAGGGCCGGCGUUACUAGGGGUAACAGUGGGGCGUCGGCCCAGAGUCCCAAUUUUGAAGAGGCCCCGAACCUUCGUCCCCUAA